AUGGGAUCAUCUCUACGAGUUUGUGCAUUGCUGCCGGCUUUAGGAGGAUUCACCAUGUCAGUUAUUGCUACCAUGUCCAACAGGUGGAAAAUUUCAGACACCACAACAGUGCUGGUUACUGCAGACUGGAUUUCUGAAGGUCUUUGGAUGGACUGUGCAGUGGCUGCUUCUGGAUCAGUAGAGUGCAAGAAAUGUCCCUACAUGUUGACUUCAGACACUUAUAUUCAGGCAUGUCGUGCCUUGAUGAUUGCUUCCAUCCUUCUGGGAUUCCUAGCUGCAGUACUCUCACUGCUUGGUUUGAAGUGCACAAACAUUGGGUUGACUGAUGAAGAAGCCAAAAUGAAGUUUACUGUCACAGGAGGAUUUCUCUUUAUUUUAGGAGGUCUCUGCUCCAUAGUGGCUGUUUCUUGGUAUGCUGCGAUGAUUACUGCUCAGUUUUUUGAUCCCUUGUACGCUGGAACCAAGUAUGAACUAGGAGAUGCUCUGUACUUAGGCUGGGCUGGAUCUGUUCUUUAUAUGCUCGGUGGGCUCUUACUGACCUGUUCAUGUAAAGGGAAGCAAACCCAGGAUUACAGUCCCAACAGAUACUCAUAUUCAGCAGGCCGGGCAGCUCAUCAGAAGCACAUUUACACCAAAGACUCUGAGACAGUCAUAAGCAACAAGGAGUACGUCUAAACGUUUUACAUCACUUGUAACGUUAGUAGGUUAUGAACUCAAAUAAAGAAGUCAGCUACUUCCAGGAUUCCCAUCCCAAGCUGCAAUCGUUCAUCUUGAUUUGGAGCAGUGCAAGGAGGAGGUAUGGUUUUUCUAUGUAAAUAGGAAUGGUCUUCCAAGAAUAGUUGUCAAAUGUAAAUAGAUUUCUAGAGAAAGCGUUGUGAUGUGGGAUCCUGCAGCGUGAAGGUUUUCUGCAUGCUGAGAAGCCUGGCAAAAUUUAACCAGAGAGUGCAGUGUAUCCUGACAAUCAAGAGCAACUGUUUCUAUUUCAGCUGACUCAAAAAUGCGGAACUGGUAUGUGCUGUAGCUGACUGCAAGCUAAUAUGCCUCAUGCUUAGAAAUGUGUUAUGUUUUCAUUAAUGUUCAGCUUACUACUUUUGUUUAGCAGCUUUAGCUUUUGACAGGAAAUAAACUUUAUUCCACAGCCUGACUGAAACAGAUUAUUUUUGAUGCGUGGUAUCCAGGCCAUCGAUAAGGAUACAGUCAUCACACUGUGGGAUUGAAGUCUCAUGUUGUACUGUAAUUCAGAUGUAAAAUGGUCAAGAUUUAUAAAAGCUACAAAAAGAAUUCCCCAGCAGCCACUCACCUUCAGAUCUGCAGGUGUGCAAGAAAUUUCUUAUGGGCUGCAGUGCAGAUAGCAAGGAUAAAUGAAACACAAUGAAUCAAACACAGAUGGGAUUGGAGAAAGCAUCUGGUGCAAAACUGCCUUGUGAUAACCAAGAAGAUGAUAGGCUCAUUUAAAAAGUUUUAUUUCUAUGUUUUCAGCUU